AUGCCUUUGCUCCACAAGCAGUGGUCUGCUGACGAUGUGCUGCAGAACCCUGGACCCAAGCAUCCGGAACGAAGAGCAAGGCUGGCUUCGCCCACAAAACAACGCCCAAUUUCACAUUUGGACGUUGGUGCUUUGUACGGGCUGGCCCCCUUCCACGAUGACAUUGCAUCCAAAAUCUCCAAUGGCCUGCUUCUGCCUGACCAAAUAAGACGCUUGUCCAGACUGCCCAUUGCCAAAAAGCUCCAUAUAUCCAGCGCCAACUAUGCUUUGCCCAUCCCGUUCAAAUUGCAGAUGCCUCCCAAGCUCAGCACUAGACUGGCUCCUCCUUCGCCAGAACCUUCCAGGGGAAGGUCGGCGCCUUGCACGAAACCUUCCGAAAAGGCUCUUCCUGCUUCGCCCCAGAGGAGCCCCAAAAGACUUGUUUUCACGGGCACAAGCUACGAGCCAGCUGAGUCUUCUGAGUCUGAGCUGGAGCUCUCCUUCUUGAAACCUGCUACGCCUCAGAAACCGCCAGCAACCAUGGGCAAUCGCAAGAAGGUGGCUCGUUUUGCUCAGAAACACCAGUCCAUGCCCCUGGACCAGCUCAGCAUGAUUGAAGAGGCCUCCAACGCCGGUAGUUCCAGAGCGUCAAGCACGCGCCUGAAGAAAUUGCCCACGUUGCCUAAAAUCAGAAGUUCUGAGGAUCAACCAAAAAUCAGGCCAGCUGAGGAACCUCCUACGCCCACUUCGCCCACUUCCCAGAAAAUCAGAAACACUCUGCGCAAACCUCCACCAGACUUGCAGCUGCCAAUGCCUGUGUCGGUUUCCAAGCCACACUUGGACUUGGUCCCACCGCCUCCGCCUCCAAUUCUGCUUCCGACCUCGACCUCGGCUCCCAUUCUAUCACCUCGGAAACUUGAUGAAUCUUCCGCAGACUCGAGCUUCAAUGCUCCAAGAAAACUUGAAACUCGUGUCGUCACGGAAGCGCCUCGUAGGCAUCCAGAUGCUCGCUUGUCUCGUGGAGAGAUAGACGUCUUCCCCACUACGCCUGAUCCAUUUGCAGCCAGCAAAAAGCCCGAGAAAGUCGAGAUGUUUCCCCAAACACCAGUCGAGGAAGCCCCACAAGAGGAGCCCAAAUCGCUUCCACACAGCCAUGCAUACCACCAUAACCUCAACCUCGGUGAAGACUCAUACCUCAAAAUCUACAAAAGAAGCUUCUCAGACGAAUCAAAAGUCUCUUCUGUUUCUUCAUUCAGCUCCGUGGGCGAUGCUCUCAACCUCAACCACGAAUCCUUGCGUUCAAUUCCUCGCAGCAUGAAUGCACCUUUGGCUAAUCUCACGGCUCAGUCAAAUGGCCCCACCAGAGGCGCAUCUAUCACAUCUUCCAAGUCUGCCUCGAGUCUGUCAUCUUGGGACUCAAUUCAAAAGAGCGUCGACUUCAGCAUUCGUGACUCUACUUCAGCAUCCGAACGGUCCUCUUUAUCCAGCAAAUCUGUUACGAGCAAGUCCACGAGGAAUAUCAGCAAGGAGCUACCGCCCCCACCUGAGGAACUUGAAUUGGAGGGUGACAGUCUUGAAGAACGUUUUGAAAUCCCAAGGGAGCUUAAUAUCACCAAGAAGCCAAGCACUGCAACGUCAGUCUCCAUCAGAGAUGAGCAGCAGACCGUUUCUGACCCUGAAGUGACGGGAAGUGAAGAAAAUGAAGAAGAGGAAACAGAUAACAGCACUAGCCCCCUUGACGAUGGUAACAGUGGCGUUGGCAGAGGUUUCAGCUUCCCCAACGACAUGUCCAACAUCACCAAUAGUGAGGAGGCCCGCAAGAGAUUGGAACAGCAGAGAAUCAUGAACACAAACAUCUCAAGAAAGCGCUCAAACAGAUCAUCGAGGCAAAUUGAGAUUCCCAACCUUGAUGAUCUCGAUAGCCUUCUGAGCUAUAAGUUACUGGAGACCAGACACAACGGCGUGAGCUUCAAUGAUCUUCAACAAGUGAAAACAGACGGUCUGGAAAAAGCAGAUGCCUCUGAUAUUGAACCACUUGGAGUCCCAAGCCUGGCUGCCAAGCAACAUUUCAGUGAAAUGUACGGAGACAAGGAUACUUCUUGCUCCGAACUGGAUUCGUCUUUUGAGAAGACGAACUUCAAGCCAAGCAAGCCACUUAGCUCACCUCCUAAGCUGAUGCCAACCAGUGCCUCUCUUGGUGCUAUUGCUAGCAGAAAGUCCCCCAUCCGUCAUGCUCGUCACCGACUGAUGUACAACUUUGAUUUUGCAGAUCUCUACAACGAACCAUCGCCUCAAAACAGCAUAAGCAGUGGCAAGCAACCUCACAAACACAAGGCAUCCAAGUCGAUCUCGGAGCCGUUCCAAGCACCCAAGCAGGCUUCAGCAUCCCCACCAGUGCCGGGCAAGGAGCAAACCAAGGCUGUGUCAGAGCCUGCUACUGAAGGUCAAAAUGACGAAGGGAACGACCAAAACCUCAACAUUGUUGUGGCCGAACCACCAAAGAAGAUUCAAUACGCGGUUGAUUUCAGAGAUGCUUCAUCUUGCAGGAAACCGGAGUCUAACCUUUACAACACCAACUUCGAAAGCGACUAUUACAACAGAAGUGCGAGACGCUCUGACCCUGAGACAGAAGGUCGUCCUCCAAGUGAACAUUCGCAGCAGAUUAGCGGAAGCUCGCAGUCGAAGUUCUCAGACUCUAUGGUGACAGCUCGUGAAACGAUAUCUACAGCUCCCACUGACACUGAUAGCAUCACAAUUGACUUAACCAAGGAGGACUACAAUGUCUGCAUGAUAAAGAGGAACGAUUCGACAAUGUCGUACCGCUCCAUCAUCGAAAAAAGAAACGGUCGGCCCGUUGAAGUUGUUUUGGUCGAGGAGGAUGAUGAACAACUACCAACAACCAAGCCAGCUCGUGAGGAUAGGGAUGAUUUGCUGAGUAUUUAUUCACGAUACAUGAAUGAUUGGGACAGACAAAGAAAGCCAAUCAGAAAAAACUCGACGAGGCUGUCCGUCUCGCAAGCAAGCGAAGAGAGCUGGGCAAAAUCUGAAACUGGCUUUCAGGUUAAGUCGAAGGAUGCCAUUCGCAAGCGGGACGGCCAGGUCAGAAAGGCAACCAUGCCAAACCUUGAACAAUUCCGCAACAACAGCAUGCUAGAAAGGUCUAAAAGCAAGAGAAUUCAGCUGACGCCAAAGCUCAGUGUCCGUGGUGAACCCAUUGCAAACGGAAAUUAUAAUAGAGGGAACAACUACUUUGACUACAAUGGCACCGAAAAUUACGACUUUGAAUCAUUCAUGAAGCAAAGACUUUAA